GGGGUUUCCUGUUUCCCGGCCCCUCCCAGGCCAGGCUUGGCCAGCCCAGGCCUGAACAGGCAGUGGCCAGAGUGACCCCAACAGAGUGUCCAGGGACUCAGGCCUCUGAUCAAGUUACCCCCAGAGGAUCAGAGGGGUUGACGAAGGAGAAACAUUCAGAGGGCACUGGCUUCUGGACAGCAAUGAGUGCCCGGGCCACACGGCCCCGAAGCCGGCGAGGGAGGCAUGCUCCACCCGGUGAACUGGAUCCCGUGGCUGAGAGUUCAGAGGAGGUCGAGGCAGCCAGUGGGAGCUCCAAGCCCAGCUUUGCCCCACCUCCGGUGAGCUCUGGGCUGGAGCAGCUGGGCCCCAUAGAAGAGGUCAGUGGCCAAGGCCUAGGAAGCAGGACCAACAAGAAGACGGAUGGGGGCUCUGGCAGGGGACUGGCCUCAGCCCCCGAAGUGCCCCACAAACCUGCAGUGGAAGCCCACCAGGCCCCAGAAGCAGCCCUACCGUACAAGGAGACUGUGCCCCCUGGGACUGGGGCCCCUGAUGUGUUUCAGACCCUCCAGCAUGCUCUGAGCUCCCUGGAGGCAGCGGCUGCAGCCUGGCGCCACCGGCCCCCCAGCCAUCCUGUGCCGAUGGAGUUGGAAGGCACAAGCGAAGGGGGACCAGGAUUCCUUGGGAAGCAGGAAGGGGCAGGGAGCUGCCAGCGAGAGGCAGCUCGCCUGGCCGAGAGGAAUGCCUGGCUCCGGCUGGCCCUGAGUAGCCGAGAGGAUGAGCUGGUCCGCACGCAGGCCUCCCUGGAGGCCAUCCGAGCUGAGAAGGAGACGCUGCAGAAAGAGGUUCAGGAGCUGCAGGAUUCCCUCUUGAGGCUGGAGCCCUGCCCACAUAUUUCCCACAGCCAAGCAGGUGGCUCAGGCAGUGGUUCUAGCAGCUCUGAGGCAGAUGGGGAACCCUGGGAGACUCAGGACUCCUUCUCCCUGGCUCACCCCCUGCUUCGGCGCCUCUGCAGCCAUUCCAGCACCCAGAUCCCUGGGUCUCUUCCCACCCAGCCCCUCAGUCCUGAGAUGCACAUCAUGGAAGCCCAGAUGGAGCAACUCCGGGGGAGCAUUGAGAAGCUCAAAUGCUUUAACCGUCUGCUAUCAGCUGUGCUCCAGGGUUACAAGGGCUGCUGUGAAGGCCUCAGCAUGCAGCUAGGCCAGAGGGAGGCUGAGGCCACAGCAUUGCAUCUGGCCUUGCAGUACAGUGAGCACUGUGAAGAGGCAUACAGGGUUCUGCUUGCUCUGCGGGAGGCUGACUCAGGAGCAGGAGACGAAGCCCCCAUGGGUGACCUGCAAGCAGCUGAAAAGGAAGCAUGGAGGCUGCUGGCACAAGAGGAGGCUGCCAUGGAUGCAGGAGCACUGCAGAAUUCACAGCCAAGUCCUGAAGGCAGCAGUGUGGAUAAGCCCACCCCACAGGAAGUGGCUUUCCAGCUCCGAAGCUAUGUCCAGCGUCUCCAGGAGCGCCGUUCUCUAGUGAAGAUUCUCUCAGAGCCUGGCCCCACCUUGGCACCCAUGCCCACUGUGCCCCGUGCAGAAGCCAUGGUGCAGGCCAUUCUGGGGACCCAGCCUGGCCCAGCUCUUCCCCGACUGGAGAAGACACAAAUUCAGCAGGACCUGGUGGCCACAAGGGAGGCCCUGGCGGACCUGAUGCUUCAGCUGCAGCUGGUGCGGCGUGAGAAGCGGGGCCUAGAGCUGCGGGAGGCUGCCCUCCGCGCCCUGGGUCCAGCUCACAUGCUCCUGCUGGAGCAGCUGCGGUGGGAACGGGCGGAGCUCUGGGCUGGUGGGGCAAACAGCAGUGGCGGACAUAGCAGCGGAGGUGGCAGCAGCGGGGACGAGGAAGAGUGCUAUCAGGGCCUUCCUGCUGUCCCUGGUGGCACCAGUGGCAUUGAUGGUGGCCAGGUGGGCAGAGCCUGGGACCCAGAGAAGUUAGCCCAGGAACUGGCAGCAUCACUCACCAGGACGCUGGACCUGCGGGAGCAGCUGCAGUCUCUGCGCAGGGAGCUGGAACGGGUGGCUCAGAAGGGGCGAGCCAGACGGUCUCAGAGUGCCGAGCUGAACAGGGAUUUAUGCAAAGCCCACAGCGCCCUGGUCCUGGCCUUCCGAGGAGCCCACCGGAAACAGGAAGAGCAACGCCGGAAGUUGGAGCAGCAGAUGGCACUCAUGGAGGCUCAGCAGGCCAAGGAGGUGGUGGUGCUCGAAGCCACCGCAAGGGCCCUGGGGAAGCCCAGGCCUCCCCUCCCGCCUCCCCAGCUUGGGGAUACCUUUCUGUAGGCCCCUUGCCCAGCCAUGUCUGGACAUGCCAGGCAGAUGUGGUAUGUCAUAAACUGUCCUGGAGUGA